GUUAAAUUAGCGUUAAAAGUUAUAUUUUAAUGCGUCAUGCCAAAUUAACAAUCGCGUUUUUCUGUCAAACAGCUUACGGGCCUCCGUCCAGCUCUGACUGCUGCUGACACACUGAACAUUAGACAUUAAACAGCCGGUGAAGCGCAGCAGCAUUAAACUCUGUAACAUCAAACCUCCUGUGAUCGCAACAAUGAGUCGCAGUUAUAACGAUGAGCUGCAGUAUCUGGAUAAGAUCAGCAGUAACUGCUGGAGGAUUAAGAAAGGGUUCGUUCCCAACAUGCAGGUUGAGGGAACCUUCUACGUGAACGAACCUCUGGAGAAGCUGAUGUUUGAGGAGCUUCGUAACGCGUGUCGAGGAGGAGGUGUGGGAGGAUUCCUUCCGGCCAUGAAACAGAUCGGGAACGUGGCGGCGCUGCCGGGGAUCGUGCACCGGUCCAUCGGUCUCCCAGAUGUUCACUCCGGUUAUGGAUUUGCGAUCGGAAACAUGGCGGCCUUCGACAUGAGCAACCCCGACGCCGUUGUGUCUCCAGGCGGCGUCGGUUUCGACAUAAACUGCGGCGUCCGUCUGCUGAGGACGAACCUGGACGAGGGGGACGUCCAGCCGGUGAAGGAGCAGCUGGCCCAGUCGCUGUUCGACCACAUCCCGGUGGGCGUCGGCUCCAAGGGGGUCAUCCCCAUGGGCGCCAAGGACCUGGAGGAGGCUCUGGAGAUGGGGGUGGACUGGUCUCUGAGGGAGGGCUACGCCUGGGCCGAGGACAAGGAGCACUGCGAGGAGUACGGCAGGAUGCUGCAGGCUGACCCCAACAAGGUGUCCUCCAAGGCCAAGAAGAGAGGCCUGCCGCAGCUGGGGACUCUGGGAGCAGGAAACCAUUACGCUGAGAUCCAAGUGGUGGACGAGAUCUACAACGACUACGCUGCCAAGAAGAUGGGCAUCGACCACAAAGGACAGGUGUGUGUGAUGAUCCACAGCGGCAGCAGAGGGCUCGGACACCAGGUGGCCACAGACGCUCUGGUUGCCAUGGAGAAGGCGAUGAAGAGGGACAAGAUCACGGUGAACGACCGCCAGCUGGCGUGCGCCCGCAUCACAUCACAGGAAGGACAGGACUACCUGAAGGGCAUGGCGGCGGCGGGAAACUACGCCUGGGUCAACCGCUCGUCCAUGACCUUCCUCACCAGACAGGCGUUCUCUAAAGUGUUCGCCACGACGCCGGACGACCUCGACAUGCACGUCAUCUACGACGUCUCUCACAACAUCGCCAAAGUGGAGGAGCACAUGGUGGACGGGAAGCAGAAGACGCUGCUGCUCCACCGUAAAGGAUCCACCCGGGCGUUCCCGCCUCACCAUCCCCUGAUCCCCGUAGACUACCAGCUCACAGGUCAGCCGGUUCUGAUCGGAGGGACGAUGGGAACCUGCAGCUACGUCCUCACUGGGACAGAACAGGGCAUGACGGAGACGUUCGGCACCACCUGUCACGGAGCGGGUCGCGCUAUGUCUCGAGCAAAGUCCCGCAGGAACCUGGACUUCCAGGACGUCCUGGACAAACUGGCCGACCAGGGCAUCGCCAUCCGAGUGGCGUCGCCCAAACUGGUCAUGGAGGAGGCUCCAGAAUCGUAUAAAAACGUGACGGACGUUGUCAACACGUGUCAUGACGCUGGAAUCAGUAAGAAGGCGAUCAAACUACGACCGAUUGCUGUGAUUAAAGGCUGAAGCUGCACAACGCCACGUUUACAGACUCUUUACACUAAACAGGAAGGAAGUUAAAAUCAGGGGACUUCUGUACGGGACUCUGGAAAAGCAGAAGAUGUUCGCUUUUGUUUGUUUUGUAAUGAAAUUUAUGUUAAAAAAUAAGAUUGAAAACUUAAUUUCUAACCAGAUUUUUUUGUUUUUGAUGCCAAAUCUGUGAUCCAAAUAAAGAGGAUCACUCAAAACUGAAUUUAUUGUGAUUUACUACGUUAGUUACGUUACAGUCCAUCUUCAAUGUUCACUUGGUCACAAGUGAUGCCCAAAGAUGACUCCAGAUGUUAAAAAUAAGAAAUUCUUCAUGUUUUGUGUAAGAAUCUGAAAAAAAAGCUGUCAGAUACAUGUAGUGGAGUAGAAAGUAGCAUGAAAAUAAAAGUACCUCAAAUUUGUACUUAAGUACAGUACAGUGUAGUACUGUACUACUACAGUACUACUACUAAUACUAAUGUACUUUAUCCUGAUUUACAUAUUCAAGUUUCCCCUUUUUUGUUUUUCCUAAAAUCAUAAAACAUCUGACACAUUUCAACACUUAGUUUUAGUUUCAAAUUAAAAGAGAUUGUCGACAAGACAGUCUCCUAUGUCUGAGUUAUUCUGUGUUUUUUUUUUAUUCUGUCUGGAUAAAAUUAUGCCUGAAGGAAGGCUUUUAAUGUGAAACAUCUGUACAGGAAGUGUUAUUAACAGCAAAAUAGACAAAUUGGGAAUUAAUGAGUGAAUAAAAACAGCAUUUUUGGUUGUGUACUUUCUUUAAGAAAUACUGUUUUCAUUCACUAAUUAUUUCAAAUCUAUUCUAUUUUUCUGUUCAUUUUUAAUCACUGUUGAGCCGUCAAUGAAACAUUUAUUAAAGAUUAAUAUUUACAUUUAUAAACGCAGGCUGGAUGGCUUAUUAGAAACCAAUGAUAAUUUAAGUGCAGAAUAACUUAAUAAAAAGGUUGAACACAACCUGGCAACCCAAAUUAUUACACACCCAUAACUGAGCGAUAACACAUUUUUGAACCAGUAAAAAAACAACUUAACAUAUAAUAUGGAAAGGAAGACUGUUAAACAGUAAAUAAAACAGGAAGUGUGAUAUCUGAUGAUUAGUAAACACUUUAUUGGUUCUAACAGAUGUUCUAACAGAAGGUUUAUCUCAUAUCAAAAAGAAAAAGAAUCCAGAUCUCAACACGUUUCACCAUCAAUGAACAAAUUCAUCCCUUUGGCAUCUUAAACCUCCGUUCUCCUCAUAUUAACCUCAGGCUGCUGAAGAUGAAAUUAAAUAAAAACAGGCUGAAAUUAAUCAAUAAACUUUUAUUUUGUAAUAUUUGCCACGUCAUUUGAAAACAACUGAUUCUACUGUAGUGGGUGAAUACUACGACGGUACGAAGAACACAAUCAUUGUGAGGGGAUUCCUACGGCGGCCUAUUAGGGCAAUUGUAGGUAAAAAAAUAAAUA